AUGGAGACCCUUAAGGCCGUUUUCUUCAAGCCAGACCCGGCAGCACAGGCUACGGCUAAUGCCCCCCACCAGAUGCGGAAGUGCAACGCGCUUAUACGGUCAAACACACGAAAACUCGACCGAGACAUAUCCCAGUUGAAGGCGAUUGAAAUAAAAACGAAACAGUUCAUUGUUGCCGCCUCAAAAAGAGCGCAGCGGAAUCCCUCACAGGCCGAACAGGCAGCAAAGGAAACACGGAUAUUCGCGAGAGAGCUCAUCCGGAUAAGAAAACAGAGCGCCCGUUUGACGACGAGCAAGGCACAACUUGAGAGCGUGAAGAUGCAGGUUAAUGAAGCAUUCUCAGUUAGAAAGAUUGAAGGAAGUCUCAGGUCUUCGACCAGUAUUAUGAAGGACGUCAAUACCUUGGUCCGACUGCCGGAGCUGACAGGCACCAUGCGGCAGCUCAGCUUGGAGUUAGUUAAAGCUGGAAUUAUUGAAGAAACCAUCGACAGCGCCAUGCCAGAGGGCCAGUUACUAGAAGAAGAAGAAGAAGAGGCAGAUAAUGAAGUCGAUAAGAUACUACAGGAGAUUCUACAGGGUAGACUCGCUGCCACAGGCGGCAUCAAGCCAGAAGAAACGCUUCAGACAGAAGAACCUGUUCCCGAGGAGUUCGAAGACCAGGAAGCUACCCUCGAACAGAUGAGAGGCAGACUAGAAGCCCUCAAAAGCUAA